AUGAAACAAGUUGACCGCGUUGAUGGACAACAUUUAUCAAAUUGUUUAUGUCCUAAGAACACAUUCACUUGCAAGGAUGGUUCAUGUAUUCCACAGGAAUGGAUUAAUGAUGGUGAAUCAGAUUGUGAUGAUGGUUCCGAUGAACAACAAAAUUCCACGCAUUCAUUCGAAAAUAUAUUGGAGCAGAAAAAGUUAGCCGAUGAAACUGUUGAAGAAGAUCCAUUUGAUCAGAUUGUAACAAUAAGGCCUAACUUUGAUUCGGUGAAAAAAGUUGAAAUAAGUUGCCAAGUUGAUACACAAGAAAAGAUCAACCAGUGUUCCAGUAAACUAAUUGCUUGGUUAAGAAUUAUGAAUGAAUUUGAUCUAACGACUAUGUCUCUUCUAAAGAAUCGAGAAGGAUGGGAAAAUUUGCAUCAAGCAUGUAAUCUUGUAGCAGAAUAUCGAACAUGUAUUGGAGGUUUGGUUAUUACUGGAUGUACUGUGGCUGAAGCUGUAAACUUAUGGAGCAUUAUCGAGUUAUAUACAUGCCAACUGAUUGUUCCAUCAGUAAAAGAACAUCAGAAAUGUUUUGCUAUUGCUCGUGAUACGAGAUGCUCAUUUUCCAUAGAUGGUUUUCGACCUACGAUAUGUCGAAUAAUCUCUUCGAUUUCAUCUGAUCUAGACUGUGUACAGCACUUCUCGAAUGGUGUAUGUGAUGAAAAUGCACUCGAGGUUUUAUCACCAAUGCAAUCAGAAACAUCACAUGUUUAUUCACAGUUGAAAUGUGAUUCGUAUUCGCCCUCUUCCUCUCAUAUUUUACCCAAGGUUACUAAUCCUUGUCCGGAAUGCUUCAAUGUUUUACAAGUUCUGUUGAAUAUUGAGCUUUUCUGCCAUAAAUCAUCACUGGGUAUUUGGACCUCUGUUCAACGAAUUGUUUGUGUCAAUAAAGAGAAACUUAUGCCGUACACAAAAUGCUAUGUGGCAGCUUUCAAACAGUCUAAAUGUGAAGAAAAGUUUCCAAAUGGAAUUUGCGCAGCAUUGGAACAAUUUAUUUCGAAUAUCGAUUGUGCAAUUAUUACGUUAAAUGAUAUGUGUGAAAUUGAUGCACAAAAUGCAGUGGUUGCAUUACAGAAUGCACUAAGCGAUGAGGCAACUGCACAAAAGUGUUACCAAGAGAAAAAAGAUAUCGUUCCAGCACAAAAUAACGAUGGAUUCGCCUUGAAUCCUUCAUACACUAAAUGUUCUGCGGAACAGGAAAAUGGAGCAUUGGUAUGUUUGGUUGAGCUUGUCGAAUUAAAUAAACGCAUUGGAGAAUUACAAACAUUUAAUUUUUUGCUGGAAAUUAGCGAUAUUAAUUCAAGCCUUAUCAAUCAUGUUUGCCAGUUAUAUAAUAAAUAUUCGAAAUGUAUCAAUGAUAGCGUUUUCUCGCUUUCUAGUGGAGUUCGCUGUUCGUUUAAUUCGCCGCUGAACACUCUUGCAAGGAUCGGAUUAUCACCAAUUUGUGAAUUUGAUUCUCGAAAUGUGCUGCAAAAAAAUCGUGAAUGCAUACUGAAGGUGCAAAAUAAAACCAGUCAGUGCCAAUCGGCUCUUAGCGAUCUUUCAAGACACGUUACACUUAUGUUGCAGGGAAUUCAUGGAGAAGCGAUUCUGUGUAAAACUUUUUAUAAUAUUAGAAAUACAUUCGAAUGCGGUGAAAAGCUUGUUAUACAAUAUUGCUCUCAUGAAUCAGCACAAGAUCUAAUUUAUCUAAGGCAACAGUUGGAAAUAGUUGGAACAAUGGAAGGAUGUCCAUCAGAAAUUCCGGAUGAUCUGGAUGAAGUUAUAGCAAAACCAGUUGUUCCAGUUGCACAUCCUUUACCUUCUAAAAGUCCGCAAGUCAAUGUAUUAUCACACGGCUGCGAUCCAACAGAACAGAAAAGAUUUAGUGAUUGCGUUCAACCACUCACUUCGUUCCAACCUCAUCCAUUAUCAGUCAUUCGUCAACCUAAACAAAUUGAUAACGCUUGUCAAGAAUUCAAAAAAUUCAAUGAAUGCCGGGCUGAUAUUAAAUGCAUACCAUUAUGGGCUAAAGGAAUGACUGCAAUGUUCCAAUAUGCCUGUGGAUCUGGUUAUUCUUUAUACAAUGAAGUUAAACAAUGUAUUAGAAAGAUGACAACAAGAGAUGACGUCCGUGAAUGCGUUGGAAUUUUCUCUAAAAGUGCACCACAAGUAGCAUGUCAAAGUUCAAAUAAUCUUUUCUUUUGUACAGCGCCAGCGAUUAAAGAUAAAUGCGGUGUUAAGAGCGAACAAUUUAUAAAGGAAUAUAUCGAGAUGUUUGCGACAGCUAUUGAUCCAGAUUGUACAAUAACCGGUCAUAAUUGUACAGCAAGUGAGAAUCAAUUGAUUCAACACUGUGCGGCUCCACUAAAUGAACUUUCGUCAAGAAUCGAUGAAUUAUUCGAGGGUGGACUUAAAGCUUUCCUUAGCAAUGUCAAAAACUUAGCUCCAGUUUUCGCACAAGGCUGUAAUCUGACAGCGGAAUUUCAUGAAUGUUUACAUCCACUAAAGUCGUUGCCUACACAGUGUGUUGUUUCAAGUUGUUUGAUACGAGCAGGUGAUGGAAUUUGUGAACAAAAUGAUACUGCAAAAGCUAUCGAUGACAAUCUUGGUUGUAUUUUCCAACAGCAGACAUCGGUUCUCUCUCUUGUGGGAGAGAGGGAAGGAGAAUAUGUUGCUGGGAAUACAACUUUCCCCUUCUCGCUUCCUCUUCCAGGAUACAUUUUUGGAAAGUUUAUAUCAUCAUGCCAAUAUCCAGUUCAGUUAAAAGAUUGGCCAAAAAUAGCCUCAGACACUCAAUUCGGCAAAUGUUUGCGUACAACGAUUGCAACUUUAAAGACGUUCAAUCUUGAUGCAUUACGGACUGUCCUUCCGCAAUUUGUCAACUGCAUUGAGAAUAUUGUCAUCGCUAAAUGUGGUCCGACACCUCUUAAUGUUCUUCGAGCAAUUAGCUCUACAGACAUUUGUCCUAUUGAUGUAACUUUACCAUCGGCAACUAUAACGUCACCUCGUGAUAUUUGCAAUACAGAAAUGCUAUCUAAACAUUUAGCCUGUGUUGGCGAUUUUUAUUUAAAAUAUCGUUAUUUGCCCGUUGCCAUAUUAAACGAUGCUUCUGAUAUUGAUAAACUCUGCUCCCGAGCCGAAAUUAUUGCCACGUGUUCGAUAGAUGUUUGUGGAAAUCUCGAAGCUCGAGCAUUUCAUGCAGUUACCGAUCUGAUUUGUGCUCGAAAAGCCAUAUUUAACAAGCAUUCAACUUGUCUUGCAACAAUUGCCACUUCUGAAAAAGGAUCUAAUUGUCUCGCAAAACCACUGUCUAUACUUGGUGACCGGUGUCGUGCACUUUUGGCUGUGGCGAGUUGUUCAGCUCCAUUAGUAAGUGAGGCAUGCGGUCAUGAGGCUCUAACUUUAUCAUUCGAUGCUAUGAACAGCUAUAUAAAACAGGUGAACGAAUCUUGUGAGAUCUUAAUUCCAUCGGUUUCACUAAAUACUGGCUGUUCAGAAUUCGAUUUAUUAGAAUAUUUGCAGUGCGAGGCGAACAUCGAUAGAUUUUCCAUACGACCCAUAUCAAUUAUUAGCAACGCUUCAUUGUGGGAUGAAUUUUGCCUUUCGUCCAAGGUAUAUGAAAAAUGUUUGGCUAAUAUGACUUGCAAAUUAGAGCCCGUUACGAGUGCAAAUACCGCUUUCUUUCGGUCUUUGUGCGAUGAACUUCAACAAAAUGCUAAAGAACAUCUCGCUUGUCUAGUUGACUAUACUAAUAAUUACGAAGGUCAAAAAUGCAUCGGACCAUUUAUGUCAAUUGAUUUCUUUGCUAAAACUGCACCUGAAAUUCUAUGUACAAGCCUUCAAAGAAUCACAAAAUGUGCGUCACAGGGAGUACGAACUCAAUGCGGAGAUUCGGCUUUGCUUUUCAUUUAUAAAGUUCAUUCGUUAUGGUCGAAUAAUUUCAACUCAAGUUGCAUGUUUGAUUCAGCCGAGCAGUGGAAAGAAGGUCAAAUUAAACCUGUUGAAGACUUCUCGCUAGAUUUCACACCUGUAAUAGAAUAUUCAGUACCAACAGCUGAGACAUCACCUAAGUAUUCUAUUUCUUCAUUUGGCUUAAAUGCUGAACCUGAACCGACUCCACUUAUUAUUAAUUCGGAAUUCGAACCUAAGUCUUCGUCAAUUUCACCAACCCCAACUUCAGAACUUGAACUAAACGCAAGAUCAACCCAUGACUCUAUAGAUCAUUUCUCAACAGAUCUUUCACCUGUACCCAAACCUGAACUCGAACCUGGACCUGAACCAGAACCAGAACCGGAACCGCAGCCCAAUGCGAAAAGUGACGAAAGCGAUGAAUAUUAUAGAGGAAGAGAUGCAAAUUCAAGUACCAAAUGGUUUUCAUCAUACGGGAAUAUAUUAGUUGGAUUUUCGUGUUAUCUUUUAAUUCGAUUUUGA